GAUAAUCUCAGGUGUGCGAUCAGGUUUCGGGGAAGUGAAUUUAACCCCUGGAAGGCUUGCCAUGGAAAUGCAAGUGAAAUGACGGUUUUGAGGGCCCAAAGGGGUUUGUGCGAUUUUACAUGAUGAAUGGGGGUGAGAGGAAGAGUUCGUCGAAACCUGAGGACCGCCGGGACGGCCCUGUUUCAGCGAACGACAGUGAAAAACGCGAUGAGGACGAGCAUUCUUGGUGGGCAAGUGACAGUGGCUCGAGCACUGGAUCGUAUUACUCUGACACUGAGAGCUCAAUCGUCGAGUGGGAGUCAGCGGUAGGACCCACGGGUGAGGUAUUUUACAUCGAGUCCUCUCCAGAGACGCAGAAUAACAAUGACAGGCCGUACAAUGAGCAGUUGGAGUCACCGCCGCCAGAAUUGAUGAGACGUCGUAGCACGAGGGCCGGAAAACUAAUGAGACUGAUAAGGCGCCGGGAGAGUAAAAGAUACAGCACGAGAAUAAAGAAAUCGAAGAAUGGGGUGUCGAAACAGAGUGAGAGUGGCGUGACGCAGAAGGAGGGGAUCGGCAAUAAAGAAGUUAAAUUUCAGGAUUAUCAGGCCGGUGAGAUCCGCGAAGUGAUGCUGUGGGUGGACCCCGACAAGCGCCACAAGCUGGGUCGCCGAGCGACCCUCUGCGAGGCGUUCCUCGGCAUAAGUCCGGGGGACUUCUCCGACAAAGUUCGCGUCAUGGUAGCGGGCUUCAUCCCCGACUGCGAAGCCAUGAAGAACAAGAACAUAAAAAUAGGCGACUGGUUGCGCAGCAUAAACUCCCAGGAAGUGACGUGCAACAACUUGGAGCGCCUUCUCUCGGAGCUCACGUCCCCCACAACCAUCAAGCUGGAGCUGCAGCGAGUGGCCGGAGUGGAGGUGACCAGCGCAGAAGUGCCCCCCUCGAGCAUUCCAAAACAAACGGCGCUAGUUCGUCGCCUCGUCGACAGAGAAGAAACCAAGAAACUGAUGGAGUCCCUGCUGGACUACUCCUUCGGAGUAAUUUACCUGCAGACCUCUGGGCUCUCCGAAAGCGGUCCAGAGUUGCAGGGGGUGAUGUACACCUACCCAAGGUCAGAGAGCAAGACGCACUCGAUUUUGUGCUCAGCUAGAGGCGCCUUCAUAACCCUGAACCACAUGCUGCCUGAAACCAUUGGAUCUCAACCGAUCAGCACGACGAUAUCAGUCGGCAGUGAAGACAUUCACAUUCUGUACUCCCCCCAAGGUGACGAGCUCUUCCUCAUGGCGAUCCCGGGACGCUGGUAUACCCUGGAGGAGUCCCUGGAGCUCAUCACCGAGACGACGAGAACUCUGGAGUUCACGUACCAGAGUCUGACCAAAUGCUUCAGCAAAGAGGAUCAUCAUCAGGCGCUGGACCACCUCUUCUGCCUGAUCUUCACGAGUCUUCUGAGGUUGAGAACUGAAGAGCCGACUGGAGAAGACGUUCCCCUGGAGCUUCAACCAGAGAGCAGAGGGAAAUGCGAGUUCGAGGGGGUUGUUGGUGCUGCGCAGAUGAUUAAUUUGCCUAGAGACGCCCAGAUUCAGAUUGACGCGGCCCUGAACGAGAUGGAGGCCAUGGACUAUCGAGACUGGAACGAGGAUCCGAUGGACUGCCAGAGGCUGUACACAAUUAUUGGCUCGUGCCUGUACCACAAGAGCUAUCUUCUCGCUUCUCAUCUACCCAAGGAUGACUUGAUCGAUGUCCAUUCGUUCGUCAGGCAGAAUGGACUGCUGAAUCUUGUGGAGAACGAGGCGACCAAGUCCCUAGUUCUCUGGAGAACGGUCUUCCCUUCUUCUUGUGGGAGGGGGGAUGAGGGGGAGUCCAGUGGGGCUGCUGAUGGCAAGUGGUUUCUCCUGGUCGUUGGGUUUGGGUUUGAGCUGUUAGCUGUCGUCUUGGAGAGCGGGGGCUGCACUGCCCAACUCGAGGAGAACGAGGGGCCUGAUGUCUUCUAUGUCGAGGAGGCACAGGAAACUCUUAAGCACAUUCAGAAGAUCGGCAUCUCGACUCUUGCUGCCAAGUGGAUCUCAGCUAAUGCCAGGCCGGAAACUGUGGAUAUUCAGGAGCGGAAUAGUGUUAGGAGUUCGAGCACUAUUGCGGAGAAUUUGUUGGGGCUUAUCAAGCCGCCGGAGACUGGGAGUAGUGGGGCUAAAACGUAUGCCAGUCCUGUGGGGGGAAAGAAGAUUCAGGAGGUCACCUCGAUUUUGAAGAAACGGAGUCCCGAGCAGAGUCCUGUCAUGUCUGGAUCAGUUUACUCUCUUCAAACGUCGGAGGACUCCAUGAGUCAGGGGACUGGAGCUGUUUCUGAAAUGAGUGACGAAGCUGCGCCGAUAUUGGGGAGGCGUGCCACAAGGGAGAGGACUCUAGCACCUUCCAGGCCAUCUGAUGACAGUGAUUCUGACGUCGAGAUUUACAGGAAUGACAGCCAAACAUGUUCAAUGGACGUAUCUGACAUCCGCGAGAGUCUAUUGAAUCAAGCAGAAUACAUAGCCCCAACAAAAAUAACAGCCGGAGAUAAGAACUGUCUCCUGCAUUACGUCCACCUAGACGCCCUCGAAGGCGUCCUCCUGUCCUCCAGGACCAUCGAACAACCGGAUAAAAAUUCUGAGAUAAUAGCGACGUUCAACGAUUGUGCCCACAGCAUCCACAGACUCCUGAACAACGCAGUUAGAUUCAAAAAAAUGCUGAAUGAGGACGUGGAUAAAACUGCAAUCAACAAGAAUCUCGUGGCUAUCAAAGAGCAUGGGGUGCUCUUCGAGUGUGACAACCUGAGUUUUUGGGUCGUUGGGAGGUUGUAUGCAGCCCCCCAGGCCAAAGAAUUCUACGUGUGCUACGAGGACACUGUUCCCCAGAACCUCGUGGAGAUGGCAUUCAGAUUGAACAUAAACUGGAGCUGACGAUUUUUCAUGCAGGAGAAUUUAUAAGACAUGGAUUGUAAUUUAUGUUUUCCUUUGACUGUAUAUAGAUGCAAAUAAGUGAAUAAAUCUAAUAAGUGAAUUGCCCUUGAUGAGGAGUGGAAUUACGAUUGUUCUUGGAUUUAGAUUUUAAAAUGGCAGUGAAGAAUGAGUAAAUUCGAUUUUUCAAUCAAUUUGCCUAAUUUAUUCAUUAUUCAAUAUUAAGUUAUUUUAAUAAAUUGUAUAAAAUCAUUUGGCUUAUUCAAAAAGUGCUAAUAAACUAUCGAAAUAUGUUGCCGGCAACAGAGUGAAUAAAAAUGAUAAAUUCGUUUAGAUAGAAACUUGAUGAUA